UGGGAAGAGGACGACGGACUUCGCGCGUGUUCGUGCAACUCGCGAUCAUCGAGCAUAUGUGUUCUCACAACACUCGCGCUGUUACGUUACCGUCAGUCGUCGACGGUCGCUCGACGAGUCAACACGGGAGUUAAUCGCGGUCCGUCGAUCUCGCGUGACCUCGUGGAGCGUUUCGUCUACUGUAAAGCCGACCAACGAGAAGAAUCUUGCAGUGCUGAUAAUCGUGACAUCAUACGGCGUGUUACAUUAACGUCAUCGUCGCCGUCGCCCGUGUCGCUGUCAAUCGUAGUGAAAAUGCCCGCGCAGCUCAGCAAAUUUUCGUUUGAAGCGGCAUGCAUGGAUUACGCUCACCCAUGGACGAGCUCCUGUGCCAGCGCAAAUGUUGGUCUCGGUCUACACUCCCUGCAGGAAUCCCUCAGGAUAUACACGACCGUUUACAUUAUUGCGUUUUUAAUGAAAAGAAAAAUGCCGUCGAGAGAAGAUGUCAAAAAAACUAUAUUGGGCAUCCUCCAAUCCACAGCGUUCCUUUCGUGGAGUGGUUUUUCGUACUCCUUAUUUAUAUGUUUAUUAAGGCGAAUGCUCGGACGUUUUUAUAUGCCGACUGUAUCUUUUCUUCCGUCCUUCUUAUCUAGCCUAAGUAGCAUUGUGAUAGAAAGAGCUUCUAGGCGUACGUUAUUAUGUCUCUACGUAUCGAACAUUGCAACAGAAACGUUGUUCAGAAUGGGUGUGUGGCGAGGAUACAUCUCGCCAAUUCCGAGAGGAGAGGUCUAUAUCUUUGCUGUAAGCGUAGCUGUGUUACUGUAUUUCUACCGUUCAAAGACAAAUAAGCAGGAUCAAAUAUAUAAAAUAUUUAGAAUGAUUGUUGGGCGAUACGAAGAGGCUGAAUAUCAUAUGAAGAAAAACCAACAUCCUGAAACGUCUUCAAGAGGCAACGAGACUGACGAUGCAAGAAAUGACAGAAGUAUACGUAGAAGCUCCGCAAGACAUAAAUUUGGUAUUCUAUGGAAGUCUUUUGAAGCAUACAAGUAUAUUAUUAAUAGCUUAAAGGCACAAAGUAAGGAUCCUUCGUGUUCGCAUCCUUAUAGCUGCGCACAUUACAUUUUAGCGGACAGUGCAAAAAUCUUCAGUUACGGUGUCUGCGGGCAAAUAGCGCUUAAAUUAAUUUUACAAUUCAAAAGAUUGCUUCAAAAGCCAAAAUUACUAAAAUCUACAAUCUUUCAAAGAGAAAAUAUAAAUUUAGCUGUGUUUCUUGGAGGAUUUGCGGGCCUUUAUAAGUUAGUAUCAUGCAUGUUGAGAAGAACCUUUCACAAAGAUUCGCACAUUUACGCUAUUCCUGCUGGACUUAUUGCAAGCGUAACGUUUAUGGCAUAUCCCAAUUCUACCAUAGCCUUAUAUUUUAUGUGGAAAGCAUUACAGUUGUUGUGGAACAAUGCAGUAGAAAAUGAGAAACUACCUGAAGUAAAGUGGUUUGCAAUCUUGUUGUAUUGCUUUAGUACAGCACUUCUUUUCCAUGUAGCUAUAUUGGAACCACAAAACUUGAGAUCGUCCUAUUGGAGAUUUCUUUAUAAUAUGUCCGGGGGAAGAAUAGCAGUGAUGUCCCGGAUACCUUUGAAUGUAUUUGGUUUGGAAACCAGCAAAAAUUUGCAAGAAGUGCUCAGAAAGACAAAAACCACAGAUCAGCUCAGCUUUUCUUUUUGAAAUAUCGAGUUUAUAUGAAAAGUGACAAUACGUACCUUGUCUGUUAGUGUCUUUUUUUUUUAUUUCUCUUGGAAACGUAGUUUUCCAAAACCAAAGACAACGUUUACAUUAUAUACAUAUUAUACAUUAAAUUCUAUAAAGUAAAUUCUGUGCGAUAAUGUAAUAAGUAGCAAAAUGUAUAGCGUAGCGAUCUAGACAUCGACGUUUCUUUUUUUUUUCUGCAGUCUAAUUCGUAGCGAUGCGCGAUGGUGCUUGGAUAUAUUGUGAUACUAAACGAACUUAAUACUUUUAUAAAUAGAUAUAACUUAUGUAAUUUAAUAUAUUUGAUUGUUAUGGUGUGAUAAUUAUGUAUGUCCGGGAAACAGAUAAAUGAUAUUAUUUAAAUGGA